GCCCAGGUGUGUGUGUGUGUGUGUGUGUGUGUGUGAGACUGCUGCAGGUGUUGGCUAUAACAGAGCAGCUGUGAGUCCUGGCUUUGCGAGUGUUUAGUGUGAGUUUGUACCAGUACUCAGUGUGUAGAUAAACAUUAAAGCACAACCGCACGCGACUGACCGGAUUUUACAGAUACAAGCGCUGGGAAUCUGUCAACAUGUUCAAGAAUAAGACGGUGAAGACCGGUGUGACUGCUCCGGCUUCGUUCACUAAAAAGAGUCUGACCUCUCUGAUCGAGAAGCUGCAGAAGAAUGCUGACAAGGUGGAAAAGAACAUCUUGGAGACGGAGCAGAAUCUCAACAAGGAUGUGAUCAAGAUCAACGAGGGCAAGCCACCGCUGUAUCAGGACUCCACUAACAAGACCAUCGAGAACUCGCUGUUGCUGCUAAAUGGUCUGGACGAGGACGCAGCCGAAGCCAAGCGCCUGCAGCACCCGCAGGCCGAGAUGAUCGAGCACGAUAUGAAGCAGCUGCGCGAGCGUGUGAAGAAGCUGCGUAACGACCACAACCACAUCUACCACCUGACACGAUCCGAAGGGGUUCCCAGCGUCAACUGGGGCAAGAUCGUCGACGAGAAAACGGCAAACCUGAACAGCAAAGGAUUUGGAGAAGAUCUGCCCACCAUUGAGAAUGAAGUGGAAGAGCACAAUAUCUUUCAUAGUGAAGUGGAAGCCUUGGCUCCUUACAUCGGACAGGGAGAUAAGGAGUAUGUCGAUGGCCUGCAGCUGAAAUACAACAAACUCCUGGCGAAUUCUACGGCUCGUCAGAAGAACCUGCUCAGUCUGAGAGACUACAUGCAGCGCUGCACCAACGAGCUCUACUGGCUGGAUCAGCAGGCUGACGAACGCGUCAUGUACGACUGGAGCGACGCCAACCUCGACUACCCGGCUCGCAAGAGGCAGUACGAGAACUUCAUCAGCAAGUGUCUGGAAUCCAAGGAAGGGACCAUCACCAAACUGAGUGACGACGGGGAAAAACUCAUCGCCCAGGGACACCCAGGAAAGAACGUCAUCGAGGCGCAUAUGGAUGCUGUCCAUGCAGACUGGAAGGAAUAUCUCAACCUGCUCAUCUGUGAAGAGAACCACCUCAAGAACAUGGACGAGUACCAUAAGUUUCAGAAGGAGUCCAGAGACACUCUAGACCUGCUGAAGCGCCUGGAAACUGAAAUCAACCAGAAAUACAACCCUGACUUUAAAGACCAGUACCAGUUAGAAGGCUUGCUCGCAGACCUGAAAGACCAGGGGAAAGCCAUGGAUUCCUUUGACGAUCGAGUGAAAUCGCUUCAAAACCGCAGCCUUCAGGUUCUGCCCUUGAAGUACCGCAAGACUGCACCACAAAAGCUCCUUCCCAUCGAGGCUCUGUGCGACUUUGACACAGAAGGGGGUCAGAUCCACCGAGGAGAACGUUACACCAUGCUUAGGAACAAUGGACCGAAAUGGGACGUGAAAGACUCAUCCGGUCGCACCCUAGCAGCCCCAGGAAUAUGCUUCAUCAUCCCACCUACUGACCCGGACUCCGUCGCCAUCGCCGAAAAUUUGGUGAGUCAGCAGAAGGCCAACAAACAGAAGGUGGCAAGCAGCCAAACGGCGCUGCAGACCAGACUGGGUGACCUGAAGAAGGACAGCACAGGUGGACAAGAUAAGCAGGAGCUGCAGUGCCGCCAGCUGAUGGCCGGACUGGAUAAAGUGGUGAACGACCUCGAUAAGCAGGAGAAAGCCAUUUAUUCCCAAGUGCGCCCCCCUCUGGAGCAGAACCGCCCCGUACAGGACAGCGCUGACAGGCUUCAGAACAUGAGGGACAUCGCCUCCGCCGUCCGUAAAAUCGAACCGGAGAAGACCUCCAAAGUUCGUGAGGCUGAGACUUUUCUCAAAACCAACCCCAAGUGUGCCAGCGCCCCGCAGCUCUCCUCCAAGGUCGACACGACCAUCAACAAACACAACAAGGUCCAGCAGCUGCUGCAGUGUGCGGACGAUAGACUUCAGAACUCCAACAAGCUGGAGACCUCGAUACAGAACGGCAAAAACCUGCUGAUGCCCUAUGAGAACAGGCUGGCCAGGGAAGAAAUCGCUCCCUCUGACCCAACCUCUCUGGAUAUGACUCUCCGUGAGCUAUCUGACAUGGGCUCGGAGCUGAAGGCGAAGAGUUCCAUAAUCCCGGAGCUGGAUAACAACCUGAGGAGCUCAAAAAACAGCUGUGAUAACAUGGUGAACAAGGUGCAGGAGCACUGUCCUGACAUCGACCGGCAGGAAGCCGAAGUUCAAAAACUCAACAAACGCUACGACAAUCUUCUCAGGCAGAUCGACACCAGAUCACAGAGUCUGCAGAGAGCUAAAAACUCGUACAACGGUUACCGUAAAGAUUACGACAAUCUGAACAGCUGGCUCUCUCGCGUACCAAACUACGAGGCGCACGAGACUGACACAAUCCAGCAGGUGGAAGGAAAACUGAAAAACCAAAGAAACCUGCUCUCCGACAUCUCAAGAAAGGAAUCGGACUUGAACACCGUCUCUAAGAACGCGCAGCUUUACCAACAAUCAGUCAGGGAUUAUGAAAACGAAGCCGAGAGGUUCAGGUCCGUUCUCGACCUCGAAGACGGCCUGGUCACGCAAACGUACAAGAGAAGCCGACUGGAAUCGCCUGCACUGAGAGUCAAGGGAGAGGAAGCAGCGAUCGAGGCCAAAUUCACAGAGGUCAAUGCUGUGAACAAACAACGACUACAGAACCUCGAGUUUGCACAAAGUCUUCUCAAUCAGCAAGCGGAGAUGCAAGUCGUCCAGCACAAUGUUCAAACGGUGAAAUCUUCUGCUCCAGGAGAUGAAUCCUGGAGAAUUAAGAAUCAGCUGGAGGACGAGAUCCUGAGAAGGCAACAGCUUGAAAAGGAAAUCAAAACCAUUCAGACCGACAUUUAUGUGCUGGAAGGACAAAAGCCACAGGAUACGAUUGUCAAAAAAGAGCUGAUCAAGAAGGUUCCCGAUCCUCAGCUGGAUGAAGAAAUGAGCAAAGCCCAGCAGAGGCUUUCGGAUGAACGCAGGACCACUCGCAUCCUCGAGGGCGAGCUGGACACUCUCCGCGUGAAGCUCCGUGGCAUUGAGACAGAAAUAAAGGAAGGUGCUCAGCAGUACACAGUCAAAGAAGUGCUACGUAUCGAAAGAGACCGGGGACAGGAGGAGGAAGUCAGGAGGCUAAGAGAAGAGCUGGAGGAGCUCAAGAGGCAAAAGCUAGUCAAGGACAAUGAUGUCGUCCAGAUCCAGAAGCAGAUCACAAUCCUGGCUGCUGAGAAGAACAGGGAGCAAGAAGUCAUCAAGGAGGAAGAGGUCAUAAAGGUGACAAACGAUCCUCAGCUAGAGAGAGAGUACCAAUUGAUUGUGGAAAGAAAGCAGAAAGAAAUCAACAACCGCAAACAGCUGGAAGACGAGUUCCGAUUUCUGCAAGAAAAGCUUAAGCGUCUGGAGAAGGAAAAGGCCAUGGCUGAGGAGAAGAUCUCUAUCAGAGAGGUUGUCAAGGUUGAAAAAGAUAUCGCUUUGGAGAGGGAGGUCGAGACCCUGAGACGGCAGCUUGAAGAUGAAAAGUCAAAGCACAUGUCUAUUCAGAGAGAGAGAACCGACCUUCAGAGGAAGAUCACAAGCCUCGAGGAGGAAAAGUCGAAGGUCAUCAUUCAGGAAAAAAUGCGUGAGAUCGUCAGACCCGACCCCAAGGCAGAGGCGGAGGUAGCCAAUCUCAGACUUGAAGUUGUGGAAGCGCAAAGAAGAUGCAGAGCUGCCGAGCUCCAACUGACAUCCACUCAGGAUGAGCUGUUGGUGUUGCGAAACCGAGGCCCACAAGUCGAGAUUAAAGAAAUCAUCAAGGAGGUUAUCAAGUACAAGACCGAUCCGGAAACCGAAAGAGAGCUGGAGAGACUCCGGAACGAAAUCGUGGACAAGACGCACAUGACGGAGAAAUUUGAACUAGAGAUAGUGCAACUAAAAAGUGAGAUUCAGAGGUGGAAAGACACUAAGCCUCAGGUGCAGACCAAGGAGGUGGUUAACGAAGUCCUUCAGUACAGGGAAGACCCUAAAACCAAAGAAGAAAUCGAGACCCUCAAGAAGAGGCUGGCUGAGGAACAGAGGAAGCGCUUGGAUCUAGAGAGAGAGAGAACGACCACUGAAGAAAUGAUCAGGGUCAAGAGGAUAGACUUAUCACAGGUCAGAGAGAAGAUUGUGCAGCAAGAAGUGGUGAAAGUGGAAGAAGACCCAGUGCUGAAGUCUGAAUGUGUGAACUUCACCCAGAGCAUCAACACUGAGGUGAAACAGAGGGAAAAUCUGAAAGAUGAGUUGGCCAGGUUGCAGCGUCAGAAGGCUGAUCUGGAUCUCCAGCUGGAGGAGCUCGAACGUGAGCGCAGAGCCCGGCGGGAAGCCGAGCUUGAAAUUCAGAGGCUGAGAGUCCGACUUAGUGAGCUCGAGAUCAGGGACAAAGAAACCAGAGAGAAAGUUACAGUCAAACAAAAGGUUGUUCUGCAGCAAGACCCACAGCAGGAGAAAGAGCAUUCGAUCUUAAGACUUCAGGUCGAAGAAGAGAGACACAAGCGUAUGCUUCUGGAGAAAGAGUACAACCUUUUGGUGCAGCAACAUCAAACGCUGGAGAAAAUGGAGGUCCGGGAGAAAGUAGUUUGCACAGAGAAGGUCCAAGUUGAGGCAGACCCAGAAGCCGAGCUUGAGAUCGAGCGUCUGAAGAGGACCCUUGAAGAAGAAACAAAACGCAGACAAGAACUGGACAUCCAGCUCAGCACCUUCACCACCAAGCUAACCGAACUGGAGUUCACGAACACAAAGUCAACCAAAGAGCUUGACUACAUCCGCGAAGAGAGCAGCAGACUUCUUCAGGAGAACCAGCGCUUGCAGAACGAGAUCAGAAAACUCCAGUCUGAAAUUCAGAUCACCACAAAAGAAACCAGGCAAAUCACAGAGUCCACCCCAAUGGACAGUAGCAGGAGCCUGGAAAUUCGCCUAACGGCACUGCACAACGAGCUUCAAGACCUGAGACGCAUAACGUCUGAGAAAGACAAAGAAAUCGAAGGACUACAGAAGAGCUUGUCUGCUGUGAGGGUGAAGAGAGAGCAGAGGGAAAGCCACCUCCGUCGCUCUAUUGUCGUCAUCGACCCCGACACGGGUAAAGAGAUGAGGCCAGAAGAGGCCUACAAGCAGGGGCUGAUCGACUGGAAGAUGUUCGUCAACCUCCAGAGCCAGGAAUGCGACUGGGAGGAGAUCACCGUCAAUGGUCCAAAUGGAGCGUCGUCCGUUCUUUACGACAGAAAAUCAGGCAAAAAGUUCUCCAUCGAUGAUGCCCUGCGGUCCGGGGCCAUCACCAAAAACCAGCUGCAGCAGUACCAGAACAAAGAAAUCAGCAUCCAGGAGUUUGGGCUCAUGGUUUCUGCAAAGAGUUCCUAAUCCCAUUAGAAAUCUAUCUGGUUUAUGUUUGAUCACUUUACUUGAUGUGGAGCUAUUGGGCGAUGUUUCUGAUUUUAAGCACAAGUUUAAUUUUUUUUUUCUUAGGCUUUCAGGGUUGGGCUUUCUUAAUGCACUGUAUAUUUAUUUGCAUGUAACCGGGCUAAUAUAUUAGGGAGAACGUUAUAUAAAACUACUUCUUCUUCUUCUUCUUCCUCUUGAUGGGUAGAUGUAUUCUGAUAUAGCAGAGUGAACGUUAUCCGACAUCAGUAUGCUCAGUUUCACACCUACCAGAAAUAUCUGUGCUGUUAUUAACGAUUAAAACACUACUGUCUGUUUGCACAGAGUGUCUGAUGUUGUUAAAUAAAAAUAUAUCUGGGAAA